GUGUCCUGCAGCUCCUCCAGUCGAGGACUUCUCGCAAAUUCCUGGCGUGUCGCCUCACUCCUGACAUGGAAACCAAACUGCUUUUCAUGACCUCACGGGUCCGGUUUGGCCAGCAGAAGCGGUACCAGGACUGGUUUCAGCGACAGUACCUGUCCACCCCAGACAGCCAGUCCCUGCGCUGUGACCUCAUACGUUACAUCUGUGGUGUGGUCCAUCCCUCCAACGAGGUGCUCAGCUCUGACAUCCUCCCACGUUGGGCCAUCAUAGGGUGGCUGCUCACCACCUGCACGUCCAAUGUUGCUGCUUCAAAUGCCAAACUGGCCCUGUUCUACGACUGGCUCUUCUUCAACCCCGAGAAGGACAGCAUCAUGAAUAUAGAGCCUGCCAUUCUGGUGAUGCAUCACUCCAUGAAGCCUCACCCUGCCAUCACCGCCACGCUGCUGGACUUCAUGUGCCGGAUCAUUCCUAACUUCUACCCACCACUGGAGGCUCACGUCCGGCAAGGCGUCUUCAACUCUCUCACCCACAUUGUGGAGAAGCGAGUCCUUGCACAUCUGGCCCCUCUCUUCGACAACCCCAAACUGGACAAAGAGCUCCGUGCCAUGUUGAGGGAGAAAUUCCCGGAGUUCUGCAGUUCACCCUCACCCCCCAUCGAAGUCAAAAUUGAGGAACCCGUUUCCAUGGAGAUGGACAAUCAUAUGUCAGAAAAAGAUGACAGUUGCUAUGACAACGCUGAGGCAGCAUUCAGUGACGAUGAAGACGACUUGAACAGCAAAGGGAAGAAGAGGGAAUUCAGGUUUCAUCCCAUCAAAGAAACCAUUGUGGAGGAGCCUGUUGAUAUCACACCAUUCCUGGACCAGUUGGAUGAGUCGCUGAAGGAUAAAGUCCUGCAGCUGCAGAAGGGAAGCGAUACGGAAGCUCAGUGUGAGGUCAUGCAGGAAAUCGUGGAUCAAGUCCUGGAGGAGGACUUUGACUCAGAGCAGUUAUCAGUGCUUGCAUCCUGCCUCCAGGAGCUAUUUAAGGCUCAUUUCCGUGGUGAGGUUUUGCCAGAAGAAAUCACGGAGGAGUCUCUGGAGGAGUCGGUGGGGAAGCCUCUCUACCUAAUAUUUAGGAACCUCUGCCAGAUGCAGGAGGAUAAUAGCGGUUUCUCACUGCUGCUGGAUCUCCUGUCAGAGCUCUAUCAGAAGCAACCCAAGAUCGGUUACCACCUCCUGUACUAUUUAAAAGCCAGCAAAGCUGCAGCAGGGAAGAUGAACCUGUACGAGUCCUUCGCCCAGGCCACGCAGCUGGGGGACCUGCACACGUGUCUGAUGAUGGACAUGAAGGCCUGUCAGGAAGAUGAUGUACGGCUGCUCUGCUACCUCACCCCCUCCAUUUACACGGAGUUCCCAGACGAGACCCUCCGAAGCGGCGAGCUGCUGAACAUGAUUGUAGCUGUCAUAGACUCAUUCCAG